UGCAGACUGAAGGUAUAAAUAGCAGUACCAGGAACAACUAGUAAGCCAUUCUAAAUAUUCACUUCAACGAUGAGAUUGUGCCUUCUUGUGCUGGGCUGCGUGAUAGCUGCCAGCGCCUGGCCGGUCGACCAACUUUCGGUUCGAGAUCAUGGCAUCAAUGGAUGGUUUGUCCCUCAAAGGGAAGGUGGCCUAAGGUGGAUUGGUAAAGCGGAGGCGGAGCGCCAGUUGGAAUACUACGAGGCUCAGGAGGCGUUGGAAGGUCGUCUGUCUACCAACACGGUUAACUUCUACCUCUACACGCUGCAGAAUCCUACCACUGGACAGCAGAUCAAGGCUACCCAAGCCUCCAUCGAUGGCUCUUUUUUCAAUCCCAAAAAUCCAACUAGAAUCACCAUUCACGGUUGGAACUCAAACUACAAGGAUGGGGUGAACACCAGGAUAGCCGAUGCCUGGUUCCAGUACGGCGACUACAACAUGAUUGCAGUAGACUGGCUCCGUGGGCGUUCCUUGGAGUACGCUACCUCUGUGGCCGGAGCCCCAGGAGCUGGAAAGAAAAUAGCCGCACUUGUGGACUUCCUAGUGGAGGGAUACGGCAUGAGCCUGGACACUCUGGAAAUUGUGGGCUUCAGUUUGGGCGCCCACGUUGCAGGACACACCGCCAAACAGGUGAACUCUGGCAAGGUGGGAAAAAUCGUGGGCUUGGAUCCCGCCUCUCCCCUCAUCAGCUACUCAAAGACCGAAAAGCGUCUGUCCAGCGAUGAUGCAUUGUAUGUGGAGUCAAUCCAGACAAACGGUGCCAUUUUGGGCUUCGGCCAGCCAAUCGGAAAAGCUGCCUUCUACAUGAACGGCGGUAGAUCACAGCCUGGUUGUGGUAUCGAUAUAACCGGCAGUUGCUCACACACAAGAGCUGUUCUGUAUUACGUGGAGGCGCUGCUGUGGAACAACUUUCCUUCGAUGAAGUGCGAAUCCACCGCGGACGCCAACAAGAACAACUGUGGCAAUACAUACAGUUCAGUCUUGAUGGGUGCUACCAUAAACUUCUUUGUCGCAGAAGGUAUCUUCUACGUGCCGGUAAACAAGGAGUCCCCUUACGGACUUGGAGAAGUGAACAAUGGCGGAGAGUCUACAACAGCUGCUCCUGAAGUUACUUCUACUACUGAUAAUGGUGAAGAUGAGUCGACGACCGUGGUCUCCACAUCGACGACAACGGGUAAGCCAGAGGAGUCGACAACCGAAGAACCCGAAGAGGAUUCCACAACAAACAAAAAGCCCGAAGAAUCCUCUACUACAACCGAACAGCCCGAAGACUCGACUACUACAACCGGAGAACCAGAAGAUUCAACUACGGAAGCCCCAGAAGAAACGACCACAGAAGAGCCCGAAGAGACCUCACCAAGUGAUACUGAGGAUUCAACAACUGAGGAGCCUGAAGAAGUUUCUACUACACCCAAAGAAUCCGAGGAGUCCACCACGACAAGUCCUGAAGAUGAUGAUACUACGUCAGCACCUGGCGAAGAUGAUGAUACUACCGUAGCUCCAGGAGGUGACGAAGAGGAAACAACCACCGAGGACCCCGAAGAAACCUCAACAUCACCCAGUGAUACUGAGGUUUCAACAACUGAGGAGCCCGAAGAAGAUACUACUACACCCAAGGAAUCCGAGGAGUCCACCACGACAAGUCCUGAAGAUGAUGAUACUACGUCAGCACCUGGCGAAGAUGAUGAUACUACCGCAGCUCCAGGAGGUGACGAAGAGGAAACAACCACCGAGGACCCCGAAGAAACCUCAACAUCACCCAGUGAUACUGAGGAUUCAACAACUGAGAAGCCUGAAGAAGUUUCUACUACACCCAAAGAAUCCGAGGAGUCCACCACGACAAGUCCUGAAGAUGAUGAUACUACGUCAGCACCUGGCGAAGAUGAUGAUACUACCGUAGCUCCAGGAGGUGACGAAGAGGAAACAACCACCGAGAACCCCGAAGAAACCUCUACAUCACCCAGUGAUAUUGAGGAUUCAACAACUGAAGAGCCCGAAGAAGAUACUACUACACCCAAAGAAUCCGAGGAGUCCACCACUACAAGUCCUGAGGAUGAUGAUACUACGUCAGCACCUGGCGAAGAUGAUGAUACUACCGUAGCUCCAGAAGAUGAUGAAGAAGAAACAACCACCGAGGAUUCUGAGGAUUCAACAACUGAAGAGCCCGAAGUUUCUACUACACCGAAAGAUUCCGAGGAGUCGACCACUACUACGUCAGCACCUGGCGAUGAUGAUGAUUCAACAACCGAGGAGCCCGAGGAGGAUACUACAACGACCCAGAAGCCAGUUGAACCCUCAACUACAACCGAAGAACCUGAGGAUUCGACUACUGAAGUUCCCGAGGAGUCUACAACAGAAGAACCCGAUAGGAAUACCACAUUAACGGAAGAGCCAGAGGAGACAUCUACAACAAACGCAGAACCGGAAGUAUCGACUACCGUUGAACCGGAUGUUGAUAGUACUGUUGAUCCAGAAGGUGACAAGUCGACAACGGAGGACUUCGAGGAUGUAUCCACAACCCCUGUUCCCACUGAGCUCCCUUCGACAACGGGUGUCACUCCUGAAGUUCCCAUCACCACCCUGGCUCCAGAAAUUCCCUCAACACCACCACCGAAAGAUGGAAAUACCAAGAACAUCUUCAUUUUUAACGUGUUUUUGGUGAAUGUUAAGAUAGAAAACAAAAGUUAAAAGUGAGGCAAUGGUUCUUACUUAUUUUCCCGCCCAUUUGGCGAAGAGAAAAAAACAAUAAAAUUCAAAUAAUACUGCAAGUACAA